CGACCAGCUACUAUUGCCGAACUUGCCGCCAAGGCCCAGGAGAACCUCUGGAAUGGAAACCUAGGCCUCAAACACUGGUUACGCACGGCUGAGAAGGCUCGGAGAACAGCUGAAUCUCUAAUACAGGCCCACGACUAUGAAGCCGCAUUCGUGGAGUACGCGAAAGCCGCUACGAUCGUCCUCGAGAAACUCCCUACCCACAGAGAGUAUCAGACGCUGCUGAGUGCCGAUCAGCGAAGUAACCUUGGAAUGGUCAGU